AUGGCAGGAUGCGAUCCACACAACCUGUGCCCAGCUGGUUACUACUGUAGUCAGAAUGGAUACGAAGGAAGAGGAAUCUGCUGCCCUGGCGCAGGUCCAACCGUUGCACCAAUGUCUUGCCCAGUUCUUCCGAUAACAGCAAAUCCAGUAGAUGGCUCUUCAUGCGUUGUGGCUUGCCGUCGGGCUACUGACUGCUCGCAUUCUGUUUGCUGCUUCAAUGGGUGUGGUACCAGCUGUCAAUUCGAGACCGGUAAAUCCUUGACCAUUACCGGAGCUCCAGUUUCGGUCACUUCGACAGAUACCCUAACGAAGCCUGUAGUUGUGUCUAUCGAUGGCAGACCACAUAUUCAGCCUAUUUAUAAGAAAAUUACGACUUCAAACGUGGACGCCAAGCCUAUUGAUGUGGCUGUAAACAAUCAACCAGUAGCACCAGCGAAUGUUGUGGGAACUCGAAAGAAGCACCCCAUCGUUCCCGAUCUGUCCACUUCUGCUGUAGCUGUUAUUGGCAGUUCCACGGCCAUAGGUGCCUUUCAGAAGAAUGGCCCUAUUUCGACCCCACAAAAAAUUGGCGCAUGCCCUUCAGUCCUUUUGAAUCCAGGGUGUCGAGAAGAAUGUUUAUCCGACGCAGACUGCGCAGCUUUCUCAAAGUGCUGUAAAGCUAGCUGUGGCACAAAGUGUGUGGAGCCAACGAUCACAAGUCCAUGCUUACAUCGACUGGCUGCUUUUAACAGGGAGUGGCCAAGCAUACCUCCACCAGUGCAAUGUUUACCCACUGGAGAUUUCCGGGAAACGCAAUGCGAUUUUACGACAAAGCAAUGUUGGUGCGUGGAUGAUGCUGGAAUCGAGAUCAUAGGAACGAGAACCGCUACUCAUAACGAGCUUCCUUCGUGCAAAAGUUAGUC